AUCUUACAGUACAGUGAUACAGAGAUGUGCAUGUGCAUAUGCGCAGCGACAGACUGCAGAAAGUAGUUUCAAGAAUUUCUUGAAAAAUAAUACACAUUAUUAAUCUAAAUUGUGACUUCUAUAAUAUCACAUGCAGUACAUAACUCACUGAGCUAUUUGUGGCAACAGUUUUUAUCAACAACUUGAGAGAUGGUUGCUUUAAAGGCGAAUGGACAGGAUAUUCCUGAAAAAUCAGAAUACCAUGGUGCAAUCCAAGAUCAAUCAAAUAAUCCUGCAGGAGGAUUUAAUACUAUCAUGAUUAAAACAUUAUGCAAUGAAGCCUACAAGCCAUCAACGAAAAAACAUGAAAAAGAGUGGAAUCUUGAUAAGAAUAUAAGACGAAUAAUAAUAUUAUUAUUCUUCAGCCUCAUCACAUUUUCUUUCUUGUUUUAUUUUGGUACACCACUAUUAUCCAUGAUUAUAAAUCCAUUAUAUACCACUGAGAGUAAUUACAAUGCCGAAAUGGAAUUUAUGAUUGACAUAAAUAAUGACAGUAUUGAAGAAACAAGGUAUCAGCAUAUAUUAGUGGAUACUCCAGAUAUAUACAUUGAAGAAGAAACGUAUGAUCGCGAAAUAGUGCCUUGGAACAAAGAAAGUGACUUACCUGAAGAAAGCACAGCUUUUAAUAAUGCUCAACAGUGUAGCAACAUUCCUGAAAUAUUGCGCUUUGAUUGUCAUCCUGAGACUGGAGCAUCACAACUUUCUUGUACAAACAGAGGAUGUUGUUGGAAUCCCAUUGGGGAGAACAAAAAUGAAAAGCACGUGCCAUUGUAUAUUCCUUAUUGUUACUAUCCUGAUGGAUGGGAUCUGUAUAAAUAUGUUAACUAUAGUCAGGAUGAUAGCAGUUUUUUGGGCUUUCUCAGCAAAAAGAAGGAAUCUAUAUACAAAAAUAAUGUGCCUCUUGUGAAGGUAGAAGCCACAAGCGUAAACGCCUCAAUUCUGCGUGUGAAGAUAUAUGAUCCCUUGAAACCGCGAUAUGAACCACCAUGGCCAAUUAGAUCGGAUCCAAAGCCAUUUUCGUACCAAGUUGCUGAUACAAAGUAUCGAUUUUAUAGUGAUGGUGUAAAGCCUGGCUUUAAGGUCGUUAGAACCAGUGAUGCCACAUCACUGUUUAAUUCUAUUGGAAUUGGAGGUUUCAUAUUUGCCGACCAGUUUUUACAAAUAAGCACAUUGCUACCAUCGAACAAUAUUUAUGGUAUUGGCGAGCAUAGAUCGAGCUUAAAAUUAAAUACUAAUUGGCAGUUGUUCACUUUAUUUAAUAAAGACCAACCGCCAACGGAAAAUGCGAAUUUGUAUGGUUCUCAUCCAUUUUAUAUUGUUGUGGAAGAUUCUGGAAUGGCUCAUGGGGUUUUAUUUUUAAACAGUAAUGCCAUGGAUGUGAUAUUGCAGCCUACACCGGCUGUAACAUUUAGAACGAUUGGUGGUAUCUUCGAUAUUUAUUUUUUCCUGGGGCCUACUCCAGCCGAUGUAGUGAGACAAUACUCGGAAAUUGUAGGUAAACCAUUUAUGCCACCUUAUUGGUCACUCGGUUUUCACUUAUGCAGGUUUGGAUAUGGAUCGUUGGAAAAUACUAAAGCAGUAUGGAACAGAACUAGAGCAGCUGGAAUUCCAUUUGAUACUCAAUGGAACGAUCUGGAUUAUAUGGACAAAAAUAAUGAUUUUACGUAUAAUAAAGAGAAAUUCAAAGACUUGCCUGAAUUUGUGAAGGAAAUUCACGCGGCAGGGAUGCAUUAUAUUCCAUUAAUAGAUGCUGGCAUAUCUGCUUCUGAAGAUAAUGGUUCUUAUCUGCCUUACGACGAGGGAAUAAAACAAGAUAUAUUCGUAAAGGACGGUAUAUCCCAUAAACCUUUCGUUGGCAAAGUCUGGAAUUAUGUUUCCACGGUAUGGCCUGAUUUUACGAAUCCUAAAACUGUUAUGUACUGGGCAAAUAUGAUGGCCAAUAUGUACGACAGUUUCACGUACGACGGUGCAUGGAUCGAUAUGAAUGAACCGUCCAAUUUCUACAAUGGUCAUAAAAACGGCUGUAUGCAUAAUAAUUUAGAUUAUCCGAAUUAUGUUCCAAACGUCGUUGGUGAUUUGCUCGCUACAAAGACUAUUUGCAUGAAUGCAAAACACUAUUUGGGCACUCACUAUGAUCUUCACAAUACUUAUGGAACGAGCGAAGCGAUCGCGACGAAUUAUGCUCUUAAGAAAAUUAGACAAAAGAGACCAUUUAUAAUAUCGCGUUCGACAUGGGUGGGACACGGUCAUUAUGCGGGUCAUUGGACAGGUGACGAUUAUUCAUCAUGGCAUGAUUUGAAGAUGAGUAUCUCAGCUAUUUUGUCAUUCAAUUUUUAUCAAAUUCCUAUGGUGGGUGCAGAUAUUUGUGGUUUCGAUGGAAACACAACCGCUGCAUUGUGUAAUCGCUGGAUGCAACUCGGUGCCUUUUAUCCAUUUUCUCGAAAUCAUAAUUCCGAUGAUACAAUUGAUCAAGAUCCAGUUGCUAUGGGUGACUUAGUUGUACAAUCGUCAAAAAAUUCUCUCAGAAUACGUUAUCGAUUUUUACCGUAUUUGUACACUUUGUUCUUCUAUGCUCAUAAAUUUGGAGUAACAGUGGCACGACCAUUAUUCUUUGAAUUUCCCAAUGACCGGCAGACUUACGAUAUUGACACACAAUUUCUUUGGGGAAGUGCGCUUAUGAUCAUUCCAGUUCUCGAAGAAAACAAAAUUGAGGUAGCUGCAUACGUACCGCGUGGUGUCUGGUACAAUUAUUAUACCUUUAAUUCUUUCUUCGCCAUCGGAAAACAUUAUACCUUAUCAGCGCCGAUUGACAGAAUACCAUUAUUGGUUCGUGGAGGCUCAAUACUUCCAACACAGAAAGCGGGUGUAACGACGACUGAGAGCAGAAAGAACGAUUUUGAAUUAAUAGUAGCGUUAGAUGAAACUGGGAAUGCUAAAGGACAACUGUAUUGGGAUGAUGGUGAUAGUUUAGAUUCUAUAAAAGAGAAAAAAUAUUUAUGGCUGUCUUUUAUUGCGAACCAAACUAAUUUAUUCAAUAAGGAAGAGGAUAAAGGCUUUUUUAAUGAAGAGGUAAUUCUUGGAAAAGUACAGAUAUGGGGAUUACAACAACAAGUCUCCAGAGUAUUUUUAAAUGGAAAUGAAAUAGGAUUUAAAUAUAAUGCUUUCACAUUCAGUCUUGAUAUCAUUGGCUUGCAAGUGGAUAUGAGACAACCAUUCGUAUUUUAUUGGAUGAUGGAAGAUCCAAAUGAGAAUAUUAAUUAAAUGCGAACUUUCUAUCAUUGUAUGUAAAUCUCACGACUUCUAACAACUAAUGUGAUAUAUGUGAUAUAUACUAUACAUAUGUUUUUUUUAUAAAUAUUCUACUUAAGUUGAUAUAUAUGUAUAUUAUAUAUAUAUAUAUAUAUUUUUUUUUUCCUUUAUAUAUAAUGUGUGAUAUUCUUGUUCAAUUAAUAAAACGUGUGCAAAUUUUCAAUUAUAUAAAUAAUGUAAGAGAUGCAAUUCUAUUGUAUAAAUAAUCAUACAUAAUCUCUAUUCAUAAGAAUUAACUAGAAAAAUGUUUAUAGAAAAUGUUGUGUAGGAAGGGAAGGAAACGCGCGAAUAAAGAAACAUGUUUAUUCAAA